AUGCCAGCUGCCCUGGUGGCCUCUUCCUUCACUCUUCAUUCUAAAACUGAUUAUUCAGUCACAAUGCUCUCACGACGCGGAUUUCAGGAUAAACCCCAGUGGCCUACCCGCACUACCUCGCUCCUUCGCCGCCGCGUCGUCCAAGUCCAACUCCCAGACGAGCUUUUGAUCCACAUUCUCUGUUUCUUAAAUCUCCGAGACCUUUUACGUUGCCGUUUAGCGAACCGACGUGUCUAUACCGUUAUCAACAAUUCUCUGACCCUUCAAUUUCGAAUUGAGCUGUCCCAUGCAGCCCUCCUGCAGUUUAGCCAACCAGUUACGGGCAAGACAUCGCACAGCACAACGCUCCAGCGGCUCGACUUACUCCGCAAACUUCAGUUCAGCUGGCGGAAUCUCGCUUGGAGAUCACGAAAACCAUUCCUCUGGCUCAGCUCGGGUAUCUUCAUCACAGCGGCCCGUAGAGCGGGCGUCGCCAAGCCGCAUAAACUCAUCUUUCAAGAACUACCUUCGCUAGAUAACCAUUCAAAUAUCUCAAGAGCAACGAUCGACUGUGGGAUUCCGACGUCGCAAGUUUGUAUAGAUGUCUCGCAGGAUUUGCUCGUUUUGCUUGAAGAGGGUCACCAAAAUACUGGUCUCCUCAGGCAAGGUCACAAGCUCAGCUUCCGAGUGCAUCUACGAUCGCUUGCGAACAACACGCUGCACCCAGCUGCUCGUCGCCAGGUUCUCGAGUACGAAUGGACGAGUUCCUGGACCUCAUACACGUUUGUGAUGCAAAUCAUGGGUCAUAGUCUGGGCAUCUUGUUCUCAUCGGGCGUGCUCGGAGACUCUGACUUUGAGCGAUUCGUCGUUUGGGACUGGAGGACUGGUGCCAUGCGAGGAAUGGUCUUCAUGCCUGGAUCACGCUACGACUCCUUUACCUUCAUCUCACCAGACACUUUUGUUAUUCCUUGCGCACGAACCGAAACGAUCAACGUCUUCCUCUUCCGCCCUACCCCGCCACCAGGCAUCCCUGACCGCGGACCAUCGAUCCACCAUCUUUGUGCACUCAAACUACCUGCACUGAACCCUACCACCGGUUACAAAUAUAUCAAUGUCACUUGCCAAUCCCAGCCGACGCCAGACCCACCCGCACAUGCCUACUACGCCGCGCCACACACGAUCCCGCGCCCAAAAUCCAAACUCUUUGCACAAGAUCAGGCCAAUGGCAUAGUUCAAUUUACGGCUAGCGUAUCGCGACAUGCGAGGACAGUGGACCUUCUCAUUAUCACGCACCGCAAGGCUCUCAUGAGCUUCGUCACCUCGUCCCAAGACGCGCUAGGCGACCCGCUUACAGAGCCAUGGGAGAGCUACCCGAUGAUGCCCGCCAAAACAUGGGGACCAGACAUUGGUUUCAAGGAAUGGAGAGCCGUCUCACGGUGCAUGUUGUCGCAGUUCACUUACCUCGCCAACUCGAACUGGCGCUCGCAAGUCUUUGGAUAUCGCGUCGCUCAGCUUGUGCGAAAUCCAGCGGAGACGACGAAUGCGACUGUGGCACCAGUUUCACUUGCGCGCGCGGGUCAUAUACGCGUACUAGAUUUCAAUCCCUUGUUCGUGAAACGACCACCACUCUUUCCAGAGGAUUAUCACCACAUUAUUCAGUCUACUGUCACAAGGAGGAUGGUCACCGAUGUGGGUAUCAUACCCAAGGGCGAAAUCUGGGUGGAGAAUAUAGAGAGCAGUCUCCCCUACUACGAGGUUACCACGAGAGAAGCAUUUCCAUUGGCAGGAAUUAUGAUGGAUGAGGAGCGAUUGAUCGGUCUUCGCACUGCCAGUCCUGGAAGUCCAGAUUUGGUUGCCUUGGACGUCUUUGUUAUUUAA